GGGUUCAGUUCGCGUCCCGAUUUCGGAGGUGGAGGUUACUCCGUCUUUAGUCUGUAGAGACGGGAACCCUGCCGCCUUCGGCCCCUGGUCCGAGAGGAAGGUCCCCGCUAAGCUUUUCUCUCGUCUUUGCGAGCGCGUCCCCGGUUUGAGUCGUUCCUAGACGCCCUUGCGUUUGCGGAAGGAGCCCGAUUCCGAGGAAGGAAGUCCGCCAUGUCCAAGUACGUGAACGACAUGUGGCCCGGGUCCCCGCAGGAGAAAGCCUUGUCCUCCCCCUCGGACUCAGGCCGCUCCAGCCACCUGUCGUCGCGCUCUCGCAGCCGCUCGUCGUCCCGCAGCUCCGGACCCGGCUCCCGCAGCUCCACCCGCUCGUCUUCGCGCAGCCAUAGCCAGCCGCGGCGGAGCAGGCGGUCGCGGUCCCGGUCCCGCAGGCGCCACCAGCGCAAGUACAGGCGCUACUCGCGAUCGUACUCACGCAGCCGCUCCCGGUCCCGCGGCCGCCACUACUACCGAGACAGCGGUUACGGGCGGCCGCGGAGGCACUACCAAUCGCCGUCGCCCUACCGGUCUCGGAGCAGGUCGCACUCCCGCGGGAGGUCCUAUCACAGGAGGUACUACGCGAUCACGCGCGGGCGGCGCUACUACGGCUUCGGCCGCACGGUGUACCCCGAGGAUCGCCCCAGGUGGAGGGAAAGAUCCCGAACCCGGUCACGCAGUAGGAGCAGAACCCCCUUCCGCCUGAGUGAGAAAGAUCGGAUGGAGCUGCUAGAAAUUGCAAAAGCCAAUGCAGCCAAAGCUCUUGGGACAGCAAGCUUUGACUUGCCAGCGAGUCUCCGGACAGUGGCCAAGGGAGCAAGCGGAGCAGCUGUGUCAAGCAGUGGUACGAAGACAGAGCAUUCAGAAAAGCAAGCUGAAGAUGGAACUAGAAAUCUCAGUGAGAAAUCUUCCGCACACAGAAACAUAGCCUUCAGCUCUAAUAAUUCCAUAGCAAAGCCACUCCAGAAAACAGCUAAAACUGCUGCUGAAGAGACAUCAUCAGGAUCACCAAAAAUAGAUAAGAAAAAAAGUCCUUAUGGACUGUGGAUACCUGUUUAAAGGACAACUAAGGGUUGGGGUUACCUAAAACUGCACUUUACUGAGAGAGUUCCUGUCCUCCAGCAUUAGCCUGAAAAUCCUGGCAGUAAAUGUGAUUAAAAUCCUUUACAGAAAGACAGUUGGGGUUUCUCUUGAAGAUGGACCAGAGAAUUACAUACAGGAGUCUUAUGUAUAUACUUGUAAGUAUUGUAUAGUAUUACAUAUAUAUAUGGGUAAAUUUUGUAAGACAGUUGAAAACUGUAUUUUGUAUAUUUGUUAAUAAACUUUUUAUUUGUCUUGA